AGUUAAUUGUUAUUUUGAAUGUAGUUAAUUGUUAUUUUGAAGAUUUACAUAUUGCCUAUUUUGUAUUAUUAGUUUGUUAAUUAGGGUUAUUUUAGGGUUGUAUUAUUAUUUGGGUUAAUUUAAGUUGAAUGAAUGUUAUUAUUAGAAUAUACAUAGGGUUGAAUAAAUGUUGUUAUUAGAAUAUACAUAUUAUUAUUAAGGCUAAUUAUAGUUAAAUGAAUGAGUUUUACCUUACUUGUUAAUUAGGGUUAAGUAUUUAUUAUGAUUAAUGUGUAUUAAUUUUGUUUUUAAUUAAUCACACUUAGGGUGACAAAGAUCAUUCUUGUAUGUAUGCUAACAUUGAAUCUUCAGAAUUUGUUGUUGGGGUAUUAGAAUUUUGUAGUAUUGCCUUCGAACAUCAAAUUAGGAUGGGGAGAGUUGGUUUUUAUUGCCCACGUGUCAAGUGUGGCAAUCUAUCAAACUUAAAUAGUGUUGACAUCCUUAAGGAGCAUAUACUUCAACGUGGAUAUAGGCCUCAAUAUCAUAUUUGGGUUUGGCAUGGUGAGGAGAGAGUUUAUGAAGAAAAAAGUGUUGAUGAGAAUGUUAAUGGGGAUGUCAAUGAGGAUGUAGAUUGUGUUGAUGGGUAUGAGACGGAUGAAGAGAAUGUCAAUGAGGAUGUAAAUCGUGUUGAUGACAUGAUGGACGGGGUCAAGGAUGAGUUAAGAAAACAUCCUCGUGUUUUCGACUUGUUGACAGAGGCUUCUCACCAGCCUUUGUACCCUAGAUGUACAAAGUUCACCAAACUUACAGUCGUGUUGACAAUUUCCAACAUUAAGUCAAAGGUCAAUUGGAGUGACACUAGUUUCACAAUGUUAUUAGAAGCGUUAGAUGAGAUGCUUACUGAUGGAAACGAACUUCCAAAGUCGACAUACUAUUCCAAAAAGCUCAUGUGUCCUUUCGGCUUUGAGUACCUGAAGAUUCAUGGGUGUCCGAAUGAUUGUGUAUUGUAUCAGAAUGAAAAUGAAAACUUAAAAGAGUGUCCGAGAUGUGAGUUAUCGCGUUACAAGUGUAAAGGGGCUCGGGAUACUAAAGGGCCCUCGGCUAAGGUAUUGUGGUAUCUUCCAAUAAUACUUAAAUUCAAGCGCUUGUUUUCUAUAAAGAAAGAUGCGUCAAAUUUAGGUGGCAUGCAGAUUGGGUGAAGAAAGGUCACAUGCUCACACAUCCAGUUAAUUCUCCGGAGUGGAAGACUAUUAAUAGGUUGCAUAAGACAUUCGGGGAUGAAGAUCGUAAUUUAAGGCUCAGACUGUGUACCAAUGGAAUGAGCCCAUUUGACAAUCGUAAUUCAACCUAGUUUGUCUCCUUAACUGUGUAUGAAGCGUAAGUACAUUAUGCUUUUGCUUCUAAUCUCGGGUCCUGAACAACCUGAGAAUGACAUAGAUGUAUAUCUUGCACCCCUCAUUGAGGAUUUGAGAAAGAUGUGGGAUGAAGGGGUUUCGUGUUCAAUGCACAUGCUAAUGAGAAGUUCAUAUUAAGUGCAAUGCUUUUAUUCACCGCUAUGAUUUUUCGGCUAAUGACAACUUAUCAGGGUAUAAGAACAACAGGAAGAAAGCAUGCACAAUAUGUAUCGAUGACAUAGAACGUGGAUUCCUAAGUGCAAACAUGUAUUCAAGCACCAUCGAAAGUUCCUCCCACGAGAUCACUAAUGUUGUAAGUAUAAAAAGACAUUCAACGGGGAGGUUGAGGACUGCAUAGCUUGUCGACCGUUGAUUGGUUAUAAGGUUUACGAACAGGUUAAGGGAGUUGAUACUAUAUUUGGUAAAACAGGACAAGUGCAAGGGGGUGAAGACCGAUUAUGGAAAAAAGAAUUAAUCUUUUGGAAGCUUUCAUAUUGGAGAGAUCUACAGGUUAGGCAUUAUCUUGACGUUAUGCAUAUAGAGAAAAAUGUAUGCAGUGCUAUACUCGGGACGCUCAUGAACAUUCUCGGUAAGACGAAGGAUGUUAAGGUCGUGCAAGAUUACUUUGAAUGUAAGGGUCUUCGGCCGGUAUUGUGAACACAGGUUAAGGCAAAUACGAAUAAUAUAGAGCUGAGGAAGAAGGUAGCAGUAACAAGGGAAAGGGCAAACAAAAAGUUACUGGGAUAAAGAAGAUGAGUAAUGAUAAGAUUUAUUUGCCUCCUGCUUGCUACACAUUGUCCAAGGAAGAGAAGCAGGCUUUUUGUGAGUCUUUAUAGCAUUUAGGUUCCGUAAUCUAUAUUUUCAAAAUAGUGGUGUUUCUAUUUUGGCGUCAUCUACAUUUUACGUUAGUGCCAAGGAUCAAUCGACGAUUGAUGCUACAUUCUUAUACUACGGGCAGGUACAUGAAAUAUGGGAGCUUGACUACUCUAGUUUCACCAUUGGUCUUUUCAAGUGCAGUGGGUAGACAGAAAUCGACGCUACAUAAAAAUUGAUGACCCUUGAGGAUUCACUCUUGUAUAUUUAACUCAUUUUCGUGAUAGGGAAGAAUCAUUUAUACUAGCCACACAUGCUAAGCAAGUAUUCUACAUUAUAGACCCGUCUGAUAAAAAAGGGUCUAUUGUUGUACUAGGAAAAAGAAGUAUACACGGUAUUGGUGAUGUUGAUGAUAAGGAAGAAUAUGAUGCUUUUGAGGACUCCCACCCUUUAUUAAUCCAAAAUCCGUGGAUGAAGAUGAUAUAGAUGUUGGUUAUAUGCGUGUAGAUCACAAAGGAGGAAUACAUUUGAAUUAAGUAACACACAAGAGAUUGUGUGCAGGUCGAUAUCCGGUCGUGAUUAUGAUCGUUGAUAGUACCUAUGACUUGGUUCAUGGAAAUGUACGUGUCAAAAGGAUCCGAAAGAUGUUAGAAGAAGUAUAUCGCUUGGGAUGUAAAAUGGAGACAACAGGUCUACUGUUCCUAAGUUGGAUGUUCUAGCAAAACUGGAAAUUGGAGACAGCGCACUGUUCCUGAACUGGAGUCAGCCUAUGUUAACUGGAAAUUCUGGUUAUAUAUUUAUAUAUAUUAUUUUUAGUUUAUGUAUUAAAUAAAGUUAAUUUGUUGUAUUUAUUAAUUAUUAUAAUUAAUUGGCAAAAACUUUUCUUAAAAUUACUUUACGUAUGAGCCUCUAAAUAAAGAUCCUUUAUUUUAGGAUCUAUGUUCAGCAAAUAUUGGAUUUGCUAAAAAUAGAAAUAGCGGUUGUUGAAUAGGUCUUAGCUAUUAUUUUUAACCAGUCCUUGUCUUAGAUAAUAGGUUAUCAUGUCUAUUUUUAUCAAGGAUAACCGUUUCUAUAAAUAGCAAAAACGUUCCAGCAGUUAGUACUGGAACAGGAACUGCUGAAGAAACUGCUGCUUAAGGGAACAGCGGUUAUUAUUAGGAAACAGCGAUUAUUGUUGUUUUAAACGUAUGAUUGAUUUAUUCAAGUCAUUGUGGAAAUAACCGUUUGGUAGUUUAAUCCACAAUACUCCCAUGAUCUUUUUGAUAAAGGAAUAAUAGAUUGGAUUAUUCCAUUUUCUUAGCGAUUUUAACUCUAUAAAUAGUCGACUCGGUUAUUCUUCAAAACUCGCCUUAGUAUGAGCCAUUAAAUCAUACGUAAUUUUGGGAGAAUUUUUACAAGAAAAAUUUGUUUUAAAAAUGCCAAUUAAUUUAUAAUAGUUUCUUGUGCAACUCAUUGAUUUUAUUUUUAGAGAAUUUUUAUCCUUUUGUAAGGGUUUUUGAGAGAAUUUGUAAUUAAACUCGGGUGAGUCUAAGGGGGAAAUUAGAUAGCUUUUAAUGAAGCUAGAGAAGAGAUUAGCUUUGAGUAAAGCUAAGGAGAAGGCUUCUAGUGAAGCUAGUGGUGAAAAUUAGCUUUUAGUGAAGCUAAGUUUGUUGCUUUGAGUGAA